AUGAAAGGCAGAAACGAGCAGAGCAUGUGUAGUCCUUUGGUGGAGGUGUGUGAGGAUGCAUCUGUUUUGCACCUGCGUCCUGUCCUUCUCUCUGCUGAUGAUGUCCCCCCUGGGAUCAGAGGAGCCAGCCUAAAGAGGAUCUGCCAAAAGUAUGCAGACAAACUGCGCUACGCCACGUUCUAUGACAGCAGUCGCCACCUCCCUCUCUACUCAGCCUAUGUCUUUAAGAAGUCUGAUGGAAAAAGGAGGAUGGACACACCCUGGAUGUAUGAGCCUCAGUUGGUUUCUGAUGAUGAGAAUGGCAACAUGAAAGCACUUCCCCUUACUGAAGUUACUCCCCCUCUGAUUGAGGACAGCCAGGCUGUGCUGGAGGACUAUACCGAUGCAGUAGAGUACAAACGUGGCUCACUGAAUCCUGACUUGCACCAAGCAGAGCCAGAUGACAAAUCCUCAACCUAUACCCUGACCAACGUAGUGCCAUUAAUUACAGAGUUUUUGGAUACUUCAUGGAACCCAUACUUGGACAUGAUCCGCCGACGCCUCAACAAUUUCUGCCAUGGACAGAAAAGAGGAAAAGGGUCUUUUGCCCUAGCCACCUGGAGCAGCCAACAAAAGAAACUCAACCUACACAGAAACCAUUGA